AUGCAAGCUGAUCUCUUACAAGAACGUACCAAUUCGACUGGUGAGGAAUACUAUGAUGAUGGCUUGUAUCCGGAGAUGGAUGAGGGUUAUAACAACCGAUAUCCAUUGCCUGAGGUAAGAGUUUUUGGGUUUUUCUUUUUUAGGUGUUGUUUGAUGGAAAUGGAUAAGAUGGAGGUGGUUUUAAAGGUUUUGAGCAGGAAUUUUUACUGGAGAAUGUGCUUAAGAUUUAGGAGAAACCUUUAAAAGUGUUUUUGCAAAGUUUGAGGUUAUUUGGACAUUAACUUUGUAUCAUAUAAUGAAUAACAUCAACCCAACCUAAAAAAAUAUUCUUUUCAGGUGCCGGACGACAACAAUCCUGAGUCAAAACCAUUGUCGUUUAUUUUAGAACAAGCUGUGAACUAUACUUAUGAAGAAUUUUUGAGUAUAACUCAAAAACAAGGAAUCAAUCAGAUUGAAUUCCUCAAAUAUUCACAUUCAACAAGAUGCAAGUUUGUCAAACUGUAUGCAUUGGUGAAAUGGAUCAAAUCUUGGCAGAAAUUCGACCAGUUGAACAAAAUAAAUUACUUUUUGGACGACAUAUCAGCUCAGUUUGUUGAUACAACCGAGUUCUUGUUGUUUAUGGAUCAAAUCGAGAUGCCGUUUCUUGGGUAAGGGUAGUGUAAUAUAAAAUUGGUUUUGAUGGUAACUGGGGAUUGAUUUAGAAGGGAUGUGUUGUAAAAAGUGUAGGAAAGUGUAAAGAGUAAUAUAACAAAGAUUUUUGGAGUUUAAUUUGUCUUAUCUGUUAAGAGAUUUAUGAUUUAUAUUAACUUACAUUUUCAGAAUUGGCCGAUUUGAUGUAGACGCUGCCAUUGAUGUACUGGUGAACCAUGGUUUGAGUAGGCUGCCAAGAACGAUUGCAGUAAGUCUUUGAGUUAUUAUUUUCAUUAUUUUAGGCAUCAAAACAGCAUUUGUGGCAUGAGAUGAUCAAGAAAACUAAAGUUAUGUCUAAUAUAAAGGCCGCAUCAAAAAGAAUGAAUGUUUUUCUUAAAUAAAUGACACGUAAAAUGGUCAAUUCUUUAUGACGCGGUUUAACAUGUUAUAACUUCUUACGACAAUGCUUAAAAUUACUUUGAUUUUAGAUAUUUUAGUUGUUUUAGAACGUAUUAAUUAUAACUUGGAUCAUUUUAGACAUCUUUUAUACCUGAUAAAGAGUUGUCAAAGAAGCAGAAGAUCUCAACGAUCAAUCGGAUUGACAAUUUGAUUAAGAACGAUCUGAUAAGGUGUAGUGCGGACAUUAAUGACAGGAUUAACAUCGUUAGUAUCAAAGAUGGCGUGGUAAUUUUUUUUAAUUAUUUUUUGGUUUUUAGGUAACAAUUGGCAUUAUUAAUGAGACAACAUUAAUGUUGCCACUUUUAGUUAACCCUAACGGCCGAAAACGAAUUUACAAUUAAAUUGACGAGGACAGAACAUCAUGGUGAAGCUCGAUGGCAGAUUCUAACACUCGACAUUCUUGUACAUGAUCAUGAAGUGGGCCUAGGGCAUGAGUUGAUUCAUCCUCAACAUUGUUUGGACAGUUUAUGUGUAUUCAUUCAAAGUGAAAUUCAAAGGCAUCCUCAGAAUGUAAGUUUAUAUUAUUGGGUAAUAAAUUUGAAUUCUUUGUAGUUAAGGUAACAAAUUAGUAUAAAAAUGGUCUUUCAGGAUUUUUGAUAACACAUUUUUAAUUUUUUGAAUAUUUUAGGUAACAAAUUUAAAAACAUUUUGGGAAAAUUUAGGUAACAAUCUAAUUUUAAAACCUUAAUUUUCAGACCUUCUCCAUCAUCUUCAACAUCCUCCACACCUUCUGCUUACGUCUGCAACUUGACGUCUUCAGAUGUCGAGUGCAAUAUUACAAGCAGGUCAUAUCAAAAGAGUUUCUACAUGUUGAAUAUUACUGUGAUAGAGAAGGCAUCUUGGUAUUCUACUUAUGGCCAGAACAACGACGAUCUCAAACCUACAAAGUCAUUGCCAAAUCGGAUAGGAGAAGAAAGUUCUUGCAUGUUACUCAUUACCCCCAGGGACAGAAUCUACCUCGCUUGGAAAUUGUCGAUGGGUAAGGUUUUUGAAUUGAAAAUGAUGAUUUUGUGACAUUUUGUAUUAGAAAUAAGCGCUUGAUGACAUUUUUUGUUAGAAGUGAGGAUUUUGGGGUCAGGAACGUCGUUUGGGGGGAGGGGGUAGGGGGGGGUGUACUCCCUCCCCCCAAAGCCAAUCCGAAAAAAAUUCCACACGAAAAAAAAAUUUUGGAAAAUCGGUUCACAGACCUGUGGACGAAAAAAAAUUUUUUUUGGCUUCCUCCUCCCCCCAGAGAAAAUCCGAAGCGACGUUCCAUUUGGUGGCAUUUUUCAUUAGAAAUGAGGUUUUGUUGACAUUUUUCAUUGACUAUACUCUAAUCUUAUUUUUGGCAAUUUUUUUGAAAAUUUGAACUUUUUUUGAUUAAUAAAUUGUACUAACAGAUAACUUUCACUGGGCUAUGGCUAUAUAGCUAAUUUUUAAAUUGAAUUGAAAUGAAAGAUUAAGUACAAUAUUGAGUUUGACCUUCAGGACAAGACGUCUAAUUUUCCUAGUUUGAUCAAAGAAGUUUAUGAUUUUUUUGCACACUUUUUGAUAAAAAUAUUAUUUUUAAGGUUGAUUUUUCACCGAUUUAAAAAAUUUUUUUUACGAAUCUUUCGAACUUUUCCAGUUUUUCAUUUUGCAAUAUUUAUUCCGUUAUUCGAGACUAACAUUAUAUUAUAAUAGUAUUAAUAAUAAUAAGUACAACCAUUAACAUAAGCUCCUCUAAAUUGGGGCUGGUAAGGCGGCGUAGGCUGUUGUGGCAUUGGUUGAUAAAAUUGCGGUUGGGGUUGGUACUGGGGUGGUGGCAGAUUGUAGUAGGAGAUUGGUUGGUAGAGCUGGCUAAGAUAGCGCUGAUGGUUUUGUGGUAAAGGCUGGUACUGAUAGACUGGAGGGUACUUGUGUUGUUGCGGUACUGGCUGGUAGUGGUAGUUUUGUGGUACUGACUGGUAUUGGUGCUGUUGUAGCGUCUGAUAGCAGUUCUGUUGUGACGGCUGGUAGUGGUGUUCCUGACGUUUCUGAGACACCUGGUACAUGUCUUGUGCUAGCUCUGGCCACGCUGGCUUAAUUGGACUUCCGAAUCGUUCCUCUACUUGUCUUCGAACUUCUUUCUCAGCCAAAGGACAGCCCCAUACUGGGUCUCUCAGAAUGCUCAUCGAUGGAGCUGAGUUCACCUUGGCUUCAGCUUCAAUCAUGACUUUAUCAAAUUACAGAAAACCAUUUUUGAUAUUAAGUUAUAGUAAUAUGAGAGCGGAGAAAGUAGUGUGUGUGGUCAAAACAACAAGUGAGGUUGUAUGGUAAAUUAUAUGGGAUUUGGCUUCUUUUAUAGGGUCUUUGAUACCUAAGUCUCUGCGCAGUUACGUGUCUUAAUUUGUGCUUGUUUUAUUGACCUAGCGGCGAAGGUUCUUUGAAGUUUCAAACUUAUUUUGCCGCAGGGUUGUUGAUAAAAAUAGGUACUGAAAAGGUUGGCUUAUGUAAAGUGGCGUAAUUGGGCCUUGCUUGGGCAAAACUUGGAGUUUUCUUCAUAAUAUUGCUGAAGGCAGAAUUUUAUAAUGUUUUUUAUUAGAAAUGAUGAGUUUAUGACAUUUUUUGUUAGAAAUGAGGAAUUUAUGACAUUUUUCGUUAGAAAUGAGGAUUUGAUGACAUUUUCCAUUAGAAAUGAUGAUUUUAUGCCAUUUUUUAUUGGAAAUAAAACAUUUUUAAAAAUAAAAAAAAAUUUAUUUCAGAGUACCUCAAGUCCACGAAUUCCUGAUCACAACAGCCCAACACAGAUCAGCCGAACGUCUAAAACAAGUCAAACGUCUCCUCAAUGAACUCUCUCUACCUAAAACAAUAUUGGAGAAGAUUGGAGAUGCCAAGAUUCGCCUUCUCUACAGUAUAAUGCCAUUUCUUAACACACCUGACUGUGAGAAUUUGCAUAUUAUAGUAAACCUCUUCACUGGCAGGUUAAAAUGUCAAGUAGAAGCAUUGUUAUACGACGAAUCGGCCCAGAACUUAUUGACCGACCUUGGGGACACGAUUUCGAAUUCGCUGGAUAUUAAGAAAACUGAUUUUAAAAUCGAAAAAAUUAUUUUGAAAUUGAGGUUGAAGUUGUUCAAGUUGAAAACGAUGGAAGCUUUGAAUGGCCUACAUACUCAUGUCAUCCAGGAAGACCCAUGGGCACCGUUCUUGGGUACCAACGUACCCGAAGAGAAGGUCAUGUUCAGUUUUCAUCUGGAUCCAAACUACUUUUUGGUAAGCUAUUUUUAUGUUGUAUCUUUAGGUUACUGUAGCGUAGUCUUACUAUAUAGUCUAGUAUAACUGUAGGCUCUACUCUCUCUUAGUUUCUACUGUACUCUAGGCUCUACCGUGCACCAGUCUUCAUCGUACUUUAGGUCUUACUGUAUUAUAGGCUUUACUAUACUCUAGGUCCUACUACACUCUGGGCUCUACUGUACACUAGGCUUUACUAAACGCUAGGCUGUACGGUACCUUAGGCCCUAUAACACAUACAAAUAGGGCAGACUGUAGUUUAGUUUUUACUGCACUUUAGGUAAACCGUAUUCUGUGCUUCAUCGUACUCUAGGCCCUAACGUACUUUAGGCUUUAACUUACAUUGGUCUUUAUUGUAUCUUAGGUCUUAUCUUACCUUAGGUCUUAUUGUAAUCUAGACUCUACCGUGCUGUAGGUUCUACUGCAUUUUAAGGCGUACUGUAGUCUUACUGUGGUUUAGGCUUUAUUUCUUACUGUAUUAUAAGCUUUACGGUUUUUAUUUUCUGCCGUAGUCAAGGCUCUAUCGUAUUCUGGUCUUUGUCUCUUCUAGGCCUUACCGUAAUCUAUAUUCACGCGGCUAAGUUUUACUAUAACUCGGCUUGCUUAUCAUGCCUUAUGCUGCUUUGUCUCAUCGUAUCUUUUUAAAACUUUUAUUAAAUUUUAAUUUUUUAGCUAGCCACGUUUGACUACGAUGACAGAAAAGAAUUUCAAAGUCGGUUUUACCUUAUUGACCAAACAAACAGUGUUCGAAACGUGAUGGAAGUGGAAGAAACAGCCGAACUCAGAGAACAAGCCGUACCUAAAUUGGAUCUUAUUGAGUUUAAAGGUCGGUUCGAAAUUUAUUUUGUAAAAUACGGGGGCUGGCUUGGAAGAUUAAAAUUAGUCGAUGAACUUUUGGAUUUUUAGGUAACAAAACUCAAAUAUAAUUUUGUAGGUACCAAGAAGUCUCCACCGUUCCUCCCGUUGUCAGUCAAGAGAACAAUGUCGUGGGAAGUAAGAAGACGUCAGUUGAAGGCAUUCAUGGCCUUAUUAGAUGGAAAAGUUCAAAUUGAACAAUUAAGAAGAGCGCUACGACAAUUGGAUGUGGACUUUGAAGUGAAGCAUGAAGAAGUUGUGGGUGGGAACGUCAUCGACAUUGUUAAGUGAGUAUCUACCUCUACCUUUACUUUACUCUACGUUACCCUACUCUAUCCUACUGUACUCUACUCUAUUCUACCUUUUCUUACCAUACUAUACCCUACUGCCUUGCCCUACCCUACCUUGCCCUUUCCUACCCUAACCUGCCCUACCUUAACCUGCCCUACCCUACCUUAUCCUACCCUACACUACUCUACCCAACUUUACCCUACCCUACCCUACUCUAUCCUACUCUACUCUACCUUACCCUAUCCUACUCUACCUACCGUAUCCUACUCUACCUACCGUAUCCUACUCUACCGCUUUCCUCGAGCUUUUAACUUAUCGUAUCUACAAUACAGUCACUUCAUCUACAAUACGAUAACUUGAUCUAUAAUGCAGUCUUUCUACUUUACCUUAACUGAUUGUGCUUUAUUAUUACCAUAUCAUGAUCAAAGAUUUUAAAACAUUUUUUUCAGUUGUCAAUUCUUGAUGAACUUUGACUCGGCUGGCUUCGAGAACAGUAUAAGAAGAGUGUGCUUGAGAUUACAUCGACAUACCAUCUUCCACUUGGAGUUUUGUAUUACUGAUCCGCCUGUAAAGACUCCUGAAAUGGAGAGGGUGAGUUUUUAAAAUUAAAUUUUUUUUUAAAUUAAAAAUUAGAAAAUUUUUUUGAAAAUUAAAAAAAACGAAAUUUGAUACUAUUAGGUUGUUCAAAUAAUUCUGCGCUCCCUAAUCCCGAAAAUUUACUUUGAGAGGAGCACAUAAUUAUAUGAAGAGCCUAAUUUAGAAAUUAAAAAAUGAUUAAAACUGCCAUUUCCAGAGCAACCUCUUCCGCUUCGUACCGGCAAUUCACCACGCUCAACUACAACCCUUCAGUAAUUAUCAAGAAAACUUGAAACGUCAUUUAAUCGACCAGUUGGUUACGUAUGGCAGAAUGAACAAAGUCGUCAAAGAAUUCGCCACCGUAUAUUAUGGUGGAUACAUGCAACAACAUGUUGAUGUAGGUCUUGUUUUGUUUUUUUAAAAAUCCAAGUUUAAGGGGAUUUGAAUAGUUUUUGGUGAAGGGUAUGGUAAAGUUGAGCUUAGGGUACAGUAAGGUCUAGAGUACAAUAAGAGUUAGGAUAUGGUAGGGUUUUAGGUACUGUAGGGCAUAGGGUACGGUAGGGUCCAAGGUACGGUAGGGCCUAGGGUACGGUAGGGCCUAGGGUACGGUAGGGCCUAGGGUACGGUAGGGCCUAGGGUACGGUAGGGCCUAGGGUACGGUAGGGCCUAGGGUACGGUAGGGCCUAGGGUACGGUAGGGCCUAGGGUACGGUAGGGCCUAGGGUACGGUAGGGCCUAGGGUACGGUAGGGCCUAGGGUACGGUAGGGCCUAGGGUACGGUAGGGCCUAGGGUACGGUAGGGCCUAGGGUACGGUAGGGCCUAGGGUACGGUAGGGCUUAUGGUACAUUUGGGGCUUAGGGUACGAUAGGGAAUGGAUUAAGUGAACAGAUACUGUAACUGUGAUUUAAAAAUGACUUUGGUAUAAGUUUUUGAAAUUUUAUAAAUAAAAAUUUUGAUUUUUCAUUUUUUUUUCAGAUUGCCUACUUCAACUACUACAAGCUGAUCCUAACCUACGGAAAAGACCGGGAUCUAGCCCUAAUCGUGUCCAAAAAGAGCAACUACAAGCAUUUGAUACCUAAUUUCAGUCAAUUGAACUCGAAAACCAACACAAGUGUCAGGUCUAAAACCUGGAAUCCUCACGUCUUGGUAUCAGCCAUGCUCAUGGAUAAUAUCACUGACACAGAUGACCUAAUCGGACUGGUCGAUUAUUUAAUCAACACAGAGAAGUCACUCAGAUUGAUCUACAACUUUGCCCAAAUGCACUUGAAAACCGACCGGUCGAGGGAACAGCUAUUGGGCUUGGAUGUUCGGCCGCCCAAUGCUUUCAGCUUGUCGGUAUGUUGUUGUAGUGGAAGGGUAGAAUAUGGCAGAGUAGGGUUUGGGGGUAAAGGGUUAUAUUGAUAUGGUAAAGGAUUUUAUAGGCUUGCAGUAUGAUUGCGGGGUAAAUCUAGGUUUAUAAAGUUUAAAAAAUGAAUUUCGUUACCUAAAAACUUUAAAAAUUGGGAUUUAUUACCUAAAAUUUCUAAAAUUGAAAUUUGUUACCUAAAGUAUUUACAAUUUGAGAUUUAUUACCUAAACUCUUUAAAAAUUGAGAUUUGUUACCUAAAAUAUUAAAAAAACUAAUAAUUUUUCGAAGACAUUUUUAAACUUGAGCUUUUUUCAGAAUGUCAUAAUUCCUCUGUCAGAAUACGUGAUCCGACUAGUUCAUGGAUUCGCCCACGUCGAAUUCUGCCUUCUGAAGAACAACAAAGUUGGGGUCAGGGCGAAUCAACUGAAGUCAACUGAAUAUGGCAAUGAGAACCCAGUGACAAUCAAGAAGCUACCUGGAUUUUCAUUUUUCUGGAAGAAAUUCGCGGUGGCAAGUCGAAUCGAAACUAUUGAUUCGAAGGAGCAUCUGGAGGAGAACAGGGCCAACGGCAAUCCGGCUAGUGUGCCACCGGUAAGGGUGGGGAUUUUUGAAAAAGUAAUGAUAUUGCCGGGGUGAAAAAAAAAAAUUUUAUGAAAAAUUGAAAUUUAAAAAAAAGGACUUAAACUGCUAGAAGCCGUAUUUUACAUUCCAUAUUUCCUCUUCUGAUAAAAAAUGACAUAAAAUCCUUAUUUCUAAUGAAAAAUGUCAUCAAAUCCUCAAUUUCUAAACCAAACGUUUCAGAAUGAAAGGACAGACAACCCCAUCGACAACUACCCAAUGUCAUGCCCACCACAGUACGACGAACGUUUCGAAGAGUUCGUGGCGUACGCGGAACGCCAGGAAAAGCACGAUCUGAACAAGUUGUUGGUAAUUGACCCAGAAGUAUUUGAACAAGCAAUGACUUCGAAUUCGGUCGAACGAACUGACGCUCGGGAGGUGCAGGUCAUGAGUAAGUUGUCAACUUGAACACUUUUGGGAGGGGGAGGGGGAAUAUGUACUUAAAACAAUGUUCAUUUUGUAAAUACUAUCGAGUUAUGACUUGAAGUUACGUUUUUUGAAUAGGAUAUUGAUUUUUAGGCAAGAUUUGACUUUUUGCGACGAAAUGUCAAUUAUUGAUUUUUUAUGACAUUUUGUCUAUAUUAAAAAAUUUUUCAUUUUUUACGUUUAACUAGCUUGAUUGAAAUUUUGAGCAGUCUUUUUUGUAUAAUUUGAGAUUUUGAGACGAAAUGUCAAUUAUUGAUUUUUUGUGACAUUUCGUCUAUGCUAUUUUUUGACGGUUUGUGAAUGUUAAGAAGGUGUUAAUUUAAGUUUUGAAAGUUUAAUUGGCAUGGAGGGCAAUUUUAUAUUUAAUUUUGAAACUGUAAGACGAACUUUUAACUAUUGAUUUUUUUGUGACAUUUCGCCUUAUUUUGAAAAAAUUUUUUCUUUAGCUGAAAAUCUGUUUGUGUAACACGCCAAACUUGUUUUUUCUAUUAAGUGAUGUUAUUCUGUACUUAUUUUGUAAAAUUUUUUAAUGUAGUAUACUAUUAAAAAUGGCAUUUUCAGUGCCGAAACCAGUAUCUCCAUUGGAAGCCUACCUUCACGGCCUCAAUUUCAUAUCGAAACUGCCAAAAACCUUGAACGUCUUUGCCCAUUCUCAAAACCCGAUUCAACACUUGCCAAUUAGUGAGCUGAAUUCGGACGACUGGUCGGUCAGCUUCUGUCUUCCGGGGGUAACACCAACUACUACUGCCUACCCACCAUGGACAACUAAAGUACGGAUUUUCAUGUGUCCAACCAAGUUUCAUACUACUAUCAAGUUGGAGUUUGGUAAGGGUUUGGUAUACGUUUUGAUUGGGCAUGGGUUUUCGAAAUUUUUGACCUUUUAGAAUUUAAUUUCUUUUUAAAUUAAAAAAAUUUUUUUUGAAAAAAUGUGGGUUUUUAGACUUGAUAUGAUUAGAAGUAGCAUUUUUGACAUUACUGAUCGAUUAUUUUUUACAUUUGAAAAUUUUUCGUAAUAAAAAUUUUUUUUGAAAUUUUAUUUGUGACCUUAUAUAACUAAAUAUCUGAUUUUAGUAGGCCCAAACACCCCACAAGAAGCCGACAUUGACACGUUCGUCAAGUUCUUCGAGACUGUAAUCGUAUCAACUGACAAUGAGUAUGCUCUACAUUCCUAUCUGAGCAUGUGCAGAGUCAAUGCUACUGGAGUAUUCAAUGCUUUCGCUUCGCUGAUGAAGGCUCACAUGGUAAGGAUUUGACGACGAUGGUUUUUAAUUGACAAAAUUUUCAUUUCUGAAAAUGGCAUAAAAUUGUGAUUUCUAACGAAAAAUGUCAUAUUAUAAAUGAAAUUUUUUGAAUUUUUUAAAAAUGAUUUUUUUGUAUUUUAGGACCCAUUUUCUUAUUUGAAUUGCCACAAUUGGACUCUGAAUAUCCAGUUGAUACUGUUCAGACCAGCUCCAGUAAGUCACCUACCCACAACCGAGGUAAACAAAGCCGACUUUAUCAGUGGAAUCCUUAUUCAUCCGAACAAGGAGAUUCAGAUCACGGUAAGAACAAAAGGAAUGAAGAGUGUAUUUGAUAAAUGAGUUACAGUACAGUGGGUACGGUAGCGUAUUGUAGGCUGGGUAGGGUAAUCUAGGGUUAGAUAGGGUAGGGCAUGGUGUGAUAGCGUAUGGUAGGAUAAUGUGGGGGUCUAAUCAAAAAAGGUUUGGAUAUGUUAUUGUAUAGUCGGGUAGGGUAAUCUAGGGUUGGUAUAGUAUGGUAGGGGAGAAUUGGAUAGGGUAGGAAAGGAGAAUAUAUGGUAGGGUAACCUAUUCUUAGGUGGGUAUGGUAAAGGUAACGAAAUUUUUCGUUUUUUCAAUUUAAAAUCUUAUUUAUUCAGAUUGGUUUAUGUCCAACAAAAGCUCUACGAAUCCAUAAACAUGUCAAAAUGUCAUUCAUCUACAAUUUAGACAAGUAAGUUGAUUUUGUUUUGUCAUUUCUUUAUUUCUUACUUCACCGUCCCUUAUUCUACCCCACUCUACACUACCCUACCAUACUCUACCUUAAUAUGACUUAAUACACUUCUUAAUCCUUUGUGAACCGUACUAUUUAUUAUUUAUAAGCUUAGAAACGGACGUAUUUUACAUUAGAUUGCAUUUAAUAUUCACUUCUUUUUUGUUUCAGUGAAGUCCUACGUUACUCACCAUUCCACGCAAUGGACGAAAACAUACCCCAAGUGGAGUCGAUUCUCACGGGCGUGGUAAAAACAUCUCCAGAUCAAUGUGUCAUAUGGCCUAGUGUUCAUCGACUGGUCGAGAGGUUUCGAUAA